GUUUUUACUGUCUGUCAACACUAACACCGCUGUUUAUUCUGACAGAGAUUACAUGAUCGCAGAAUCCCUGAUCUUUCAAGCUUCAAGCGUCUCUGUGAUAUCCAUGCGUCGAUGUGACUUGGAAUAAUUACACCAUUCCCCGCGUAGAAGAAACUUUUGUGGAAAACUAGCUGUAUAUUAAUGAAAACUUUCAGUUGAGUCGGAUUAAGUUUCAAUUUCAUUUGAAAUAGAGCGCCGAAUUUUACAGGAUUUUUGCUUAAUUUUCAUCAGAGUGCGAUGGAAUAAAAAUAAAAUAAAACGUGAGAAAUAUAAAUUGUAAUAGAUACAAAAUAGUGGAAUGAAUGUAACUUUUAAUCUUUUUGACAAAAUGUGGUAUUGUUGGAUACUUAUUUUGGCUAUGGUGGAUUACGGCUACUGUGCAGCGAUCAAACCUGAGCCUGUCGCUGCGACUUGGUACAACGCUUACGGCGUUUGUCGGUCAACCGGUCACAUUCUGUUCCCCGGCCGGAGCUACCGGAAGAAGGGACUCUUAAACGUUCUCAAGGAGGGGGAAAGCGCCUGGCUGUACGGAUGGCGGACUGUCAUGGACACCGAUCAAGACGAGCAUGGCCGAGUGGCUACCAUGAAGAUCGACUACAGCAAACCGCUGAAGAAGCCCUUGCCCAUUCUCUGUGACGAUGGCGGACAGUUUUAUCUGGACGAUGUUGCCAGUGGUGACGACCGAACGUGUACCCGUGCAGGAGCCAAGAUGGCGGACGUACAGACAGCGGAGGAUUACCGCGUCUUGUUAAAUACAAAUCUUAAACCCGACGCACCGACAUGGAGCGGUUCCAUGGCCCCAUCAGGAGCUGCAAUGCAUUGUCUCAGUGCUAAAAAGGUGGGAGGCGACAUCGAGUAUUUGUACGAAGAUUGUGACAAGGACCUCAGAUUCAUUUGUUUAAGAGAUGCCGACCUCGUCUCGAUGUUCUCUCCUCUGUUUGCUGUGAAGAUGACUAAUAACGAUGAGGUUGAGCAGAUUGUUCAGGAGCAUCAAGCUAAGAUUACUGCAUCAUCAUCAGCUGCAGCAGCAACAGCAAUAACAUCAACAGUUACACCAGCUUCAAGCUCUAUAGGAAUAUUUCCAAGCUCUACAAAAAUGAUUUCCUCGUCUGAAUUAGCUUUGAAUGAAAAUUUUUCGUCACCAUCAAUGGAUGAAACAUCUACUAUGUCACAAUCAACUUCAUCCGUUCCUGAUGUUCAUUCUGCGAGUGCAAUAGCAGAUGUGGACACGGAAGUAAUGGCUACUCCUUCGGCGAAGGAAACAACCACAACCAUAGGCAUGAAACCGUCCCCUCUUUUAGUGUCACCAUCAAGUGUAAAAACCGUUGACUCAACCCAAUUUGAACCUGCAGUCACCUCAGUGCCUUCGGUAAAGGAUUCGUCACAACAAAUAUCUGAUCUCCAACCAUCUGCUGUACCGACUGUAGCCCCUACAGUCGCAUUAGUUUCAUCGCCUGUUUCAAGUUCAACAGAAGAAUUUGCUGUCUUACCUUCCGCUUUAUCAUCAAGCCUAGAACUUUCUACAGGGUCAGUUUCCGUUGAAAGUCAGACGUCUGCGCCACAAAUGCCAGACGAAAAAACAACAGCUACCUAUUGGAUGGAAGAUGUAAAAUCAUCUUCUAGUGUUAAAGUUUCAGAGCAAAUGAUAUCUUCAUUUGCAGAACCAUCGCCGUCCAUGUAUUCACAUGAUACUUUUGACCAAGCUACGUCCACUCCUGCUUCAGAGGGACCAUCAUCAAUUUACAUUUUAAUCGAAUCAUCAAGUGAAACAACUACCUCUUCAUUAACAUCAUCGUUAAUGUUGGCUUCAACACCGUCAUAUGAAUCUGGUUCUCAGACAGUAUUAAGCAGCGUUUUACUACCCACACCUUCUGAAGUAGCAUCAGCAUCAAUUCAAGAUACUUAUAUUGUUGAUAUAGAGCCAACUGAAUCAUUGUAUCCAAGCACUGAUUUAACAGAGACAUCUAGUUACUACCCAACAGAAGAACCCACAACACAAACAGAACUGAUAACUACUUAUACGGAUGAUGCGGUAACUUAUGAUAUAGAUGUAAUAGACAUGGGCACAAGUACCACCGAAACACCGCUUAUUUCUAUAGCAAAUGCAACCUCUGAACCUUAUACAGACGAUAUUGACGUUGACGUCCCUAUGGGAACAAGUUCCAGUUCAGUUUACACCCCUUUGGAAACAAGUUCCAGUUCUGUUUACAACGCCAUGGAAAUGAGUUCCAGUUCUGUUGACAUACCUAUGGAAACGAGUUCUAGUCCUGUUGCCAACCCUAUGGGAACAAGUUCCAGUCAUGUGUUCAUCGCUAUGGAAACAAGUUCAAGUCCUGUUGAUAGCCCCAUGGAAACAAGUAGUUCCAGUCCUGUUGAUGUCUCUAUGGAAAUAAGUUCUAGUCAUGAUGCUAUCCCACAUUCAACGGUAAAAGUUACUUCAUCAGAACAAUUAGCUCCGUCGAGAACAAUAUAUUUUGUACCAUCGGCCACUGAUUAUAAUUUCUCUGUUCUUCCCUCUUAUGAAAAUGCUUUAUCAUCAAGCCAAGAAUAUUCUGUUGAAAGUCAGACGUCUGCGCCACAAAUGCCAGAUGAAAAAACAACAGCUACCUAUGUAAAAUCAUCUUCUGAAGUAGCAUCAGCAUCAAUACAAGAUACUUAUAUUGUUGAUAUAGAGCCAACUGAAUCACUGUAUCCAAUAUGGUCAGUAUCAAGCACUGCUUUAACAGAGACAUCUAGUUACUACCCACCAGAAGAACCCAAAACACAAACAGAACCGAUAACUACUUAUACGGAUGAUGCGGUAACUUAUGAUAUAGAUGUAAUAGACAUGGGCACAAGUACCACCGAAACACCGCUUAUUUCUAUAGCAAAUGCAACCUCUGAACCGAUAGAUGAGUCGAGUGAAGACGAUGAUCAAGAUCAUGUUCUUGAUAAAGAAGACAGAGAUGACGAAGAGGUCACGGAAACAAACGAAACAAAUGAUGCCGUAGAAUCAACAGCAACUGACAAAAAUAACUCAGGUAUUGAGACAUCAUUGUGGGUAGCAUUUUGUAUCCUGGCGUUAGCUGUCAUACUGGCCAUAGUUGUUGCCGUUUACUUAUACAACAGGCGGAAGAAACAAAAAUCCAAGGACCUUCCAGCCACAGCAGAAAACGGAGCGGCGGCGGCCCCUGCUGGUGCCCCUGCUGGUGCCACUGCUGGUGCCACUUCGGGUGAGGCGAUAGUAGAGCUGCGGGAGAGCCCGCCGCGGAACGGCAAGCCUAGGGAGUCUGCCACAUUUAGAGACACAGCAUAUGAUCUUUAGCUUACUGAUAUUAAUUAGGAUUUUCAGGACUUGUUAGACUUUAACAUAUAGAACGUCUUUUGACAUGGAUCUUACACUACAAAAGAAGGCAUGGAUCAGAAAUGUGGGGUGAAAUAUUCCGAUACCGUGUUGUAAGAGUGCUUCAUAGAUUAAGAAAUCCGUCAAUGCAAUUUCAGUAUUUAUGUGAUUUAUAUGUAAGUCCUUGUAAAAUUGUUUAAUUAAUUUAAUUAAGUUGACUCUGAUGGCUCAUAAUAAGGCCUGCAAUUGAAGCGUGCCAUAAUAGUAAGAUACUAUUUCAUGGAUCUUAAACAUUUAUCUAAACAAUACAUUUCUCAUAGUUAAUACUGUACCGGGAUUAGAUAUAUUUAUGCAUUGUGUAAUGCUGACAUAAUGUUCAGUAUGCACUAGUUGUACUAGUAUUAAAGUAUCAUGCAGGGAUUGGGGAGCAAUUUUCAUAGUUAUAUUCGCAUGAAAUACGUCUUCUUGGUGCAAGAGGAAUCAUCGGGAGCACUGUGCUGAAGUAAUAGUUAGAUGACAUGAUUUAAAAUCCUAAUGAUUAAGGAAAGGCGGAGUGAGCGUAGCGGACGAGCCCUCCUUAAUCAUUAAAAUGUCAUUCAGGUCAUCUUACUGACUUAGAAUACAACCUCAUUGCCUGACACAUUGUCAACGCAAAAUCUGACGCAGUAAUUGUGUAUCGAAUGAGUGGCAGUGGGCGGACCUUAAAACACUCGCGAAAGUUCAAAUUCUUAAUGAUUAAGCCUAGUACUUAAUGAUUGCCUGUCUGCAAUUUCAUUGGCUGUAAAUGUAGGUUGUUUUCUAAACAAGAAGAGUCAUCAAGUACAUACCUGUGUACAUAUUUGUCUUCCAUGAAUGUAAUUUGCCGUCAUUUUUGUUUGCUUUUGACUUAAUGUUAUUUAUAAAUGAUAAGUGUAUGUCCUUGUGUACCUUUUCUGAUAAAUCGAGUGCUUGAGA